AUGGUCCAGCUUUCCAAAUUCCUCGCUGUUGCAGCGGCCUGUCUGGCGACUCCUUCCAUCGCCCACCCAGGAGAACAACACGAUCCCCGCGCCUUGAAGCAUGAGAUCCAUACCCGGAAUUCCAUGGCUGCCCACGCUAAGCGAUCCCUCAAUGCUUGCGAGAGCUCUCCCGCCGCGCGCCAGUUGAACCAGCGUAGCAUCACCCGUCGCUCGAAUACUGUCCAGAAACUUCGCCAGAAGCGUGGAAUUACCGCCAGUUCCCAGAAAUGGCGCCGCGACCUUGCUGCUCUCGAGAAGUGGGAGGCUAUCGACCACAACCGUACUGGCAUCCUUGAUUACAGCCCCGCGACUCCGGAGUCAGUCGUAUUUGGUGCUAACACCAGCUUUGUUCUGACGCCCACCAUCACUGACGGUCCCUACUAUGUUUGGGGUGAGGUCGUCCGUCAGAAUGUCAAGGAAGAGCUUUACUCGGAUGGUGUCGAUGUCUUCCUCGAGGUGCAGUACAUCGACGUGAACACCUGCAAGCCCGUUCCUGGAGCAGUCGUCGAUAUUUGGCAAGCCAACGCCACUGGUGUCUACAGUGGAAUCUCCGUGUCAGGCAACUACGCCGCAGACGGCUGGGACUCGACUUACCUGCGCGGCAUCCAGCAAACUGACCGUGACGGCGUCGCAACCUUCGAAAGCAUCUUCCCAGGCCACUACGACGGCCGUGCCACGCACACCCACCUUCUCACUCACCUGAACGCAACCCUCCUCCCCAACAAGACCCUCAAGGCCGACACCGGUAGCGUCGCACACAUCGGACAGCUGUUCUGGAACGAGGUGCUCCGCACCGCCGUCGAGGACACCUCUCCCUAUAACACCAACACCCAGGCUGUCACCUCCAACGCCGAAGAUAUGUGGAGUAUCCUGCAGGCAGAUAGCGCUUACGAUCCCUUCCCGGAGUACAUUUACCUCGGCGAGGGCUUGGACGAUGGAUUGUUCGCUUGGAUCCAGAUUGGAAUCAACACCACCGCCGAUUACACUGAUAACUCGUACUACAGCAUUGCCGCUUACCACUAUGCUGAUGGUGGCGUCCAGAACUCUGAUAGCUCGUUUGGUGGCGGUAGCGGUGGUGCUCCCUCUGGUUCUGCUCCCUCUGGUUCUGCUCCUAGUGGUACCGCUAUGCCCAGUGCAUCUCCCUCGUCUGCUUAA